CAUACCUACGUAGUACAUAGUCUGUCCUUUGGUCCACAAUACGAACGUAGCUCGUAUAGGUGGUACAUAAUAACAUCAACACCGACUAAAUACCUGCAUUCUGCAAUACUAAUUUAUUUAGAAGGCUCAACAUUAUAUGUUGUACAGUUGUAUUGAUAUUAUAACAGUUUAUAUUAUAUUGUAGGUACUUAAUAUUAUCUAUAGAGAUCGUUUUAAAAUGAUGUUACAGUCAGAUUUUACCUAUAUAUUUGUCAAUUUACAGUAAAAUAUUUUUUAGUGUUUAGUGACGUUCAUUUGAUUUAUCAUUAAUAUUUAUUGUUGAUAUUAUAAGAAUUUGCUUCAACAUUAUUUCGUCAUUGGCCAUGAAGUUGACUUGUUCCUGGUUAAUAUAUUCAUGUUUAAUUUUCGGAACAGGAAUUUUUUGUGACAGAAAACUAGAAAAACGACAAACUGUAUCAUCUUGCUCAGUAAAUCCCGAGGAUACGUUUAAUUGUUCAAAUGGACUAUGUAUAGAAUCGUCAGCGGUUUGCGACGGCCAUGCGGAUUGUUCAGAUAGUUCAGACGAGACCAAAGAUUUGUGUGCUAGACAAAGAUGUCCGAGUUAUGCAUAUCGAUGUAAAUAUGGAGCUUGUGUGGAUAAAAAUGCCAAGUGUAAUGGAAAAAACGAUUGUGUCGAUGGCUCUGACGAAAAUUUAGCUGAAUGUAGACAAAAUUCUAUAAACAGUACUCAACAUUCCAGUGGAUCAUCAAAAUGCCUCGAAGACCAAUACAAAUGUACAUCUGGCCAAUGUAUUGAUGGAACAUCAACGUGUGAUGGAACUCGAGAUUGUAAGGAUGGGUCUGAUGAAACUUUGGCGUUAUGUAAAACAGUCCGGUGCCAAAAGUACACAUUCCAGUGUAAAUAUGGGGCUUGUGUCAGUAAAGAGAGUAAAUGUGAUGGCAUAAGACAGUGUAUUGAUGGAUCUGAUGAAGAGAGAUGUGAAAGUAAUAGUAAUAGUCCAUCUUCAAAACCAAUAACAACAGCAAGACCGGUGGAUAUUAUAACAAAACCAACAACACAGUCUAAUACAAUGAAUUUAUGCGUUUUACCAACCGUCGAUGGAGUUAUAUAUUCUUAUGAAGGUUCAACAGAAAUUAUACCUCACGGGACAUUAAUUAAUCAUCACCUUACUGUAAUUGAGAACUGUGAAGUUGGAUAUCAUAAAGCUUAUCCCAAUGGUUUUAGGGUUUGUCAGAGAAAUGGAAAAUGGAUAACGGUUUCUGAUAAAUUGUGUUUCAAAAUGUGUCCACCUUUACUAUCAGAUAGUUUAGAUAUUAAAUGUACUCUUAAUGGUAAGUAUGCUAAUUGCUCAAAUCUAUCGAUACCUGACACAAUAGCAACACCAUCAUGUAAGUCUACACAUACUGUGCCAAAUGGACAAGAAGAGACUCCACUUGAAUUACAUUGUCAGUCUAACGGAAUGUGGAAUAAUCAACUAUAUAGAUGCAUUCCAUAUUGCGGUAAAGUGUAUGGCGAAGGCAAUGAACUGAUCGACAGUGGUAAAGAAUCACUUGUAAGGACGUUACCUUGGACGGUUGCAGUAUAUAAAUUAAAAGAUUCCUAUAACCACUUGAUAUGUGGAGGAUCAAUUAUUGCUCCAAAUGUAGUCAUUUCCGCUGCUCAAUGUUUUGUGGAAGAAGGUAUGUUAUCUAAACAAAUAGCAAUAAACGAUGGUCUAUUCAAAAUUGUUGUUAAAAAGUAUGAAGUGAAUAAUACUGUAGUUAUUCCAUAUAAUCAAAUAGUGAAAGUAGAAAUGAUUUAUCUGAAUGAAGGUUAUAAUGGAAUUGAUGGGUUAUUUGCUGAUGAUAUUGCUGUUAUUGUGUUAGCUAACCAAGUUUCGUUUAGUGAUGGUGUUACACCUAUUUGUAUCGACUGGAAGAGUAAAUAUAAAGUAAAGAAUGGAGAUCAAUCAAAGGAUGUUAUUGAGGAUAUGAUAAAUGGCACAGAAAGUCCUGUUUUAGUCGAAAGAUUUUCUAAGUAUAUUGACCCUAGUACUUGUCGAAAAACAUAUACAGAUGGAUUUAAUCGAUAUGUGACAUUUGAUAAGUUUUGUAUCUAUAGUGAAUUGGUUUCAGGAGACAUAAUAAGCGAUAUAGAUGUUGGAACAGGCAUAAGCUUUUUACACUUUAAUGAUUAUUAUUUAACGGGCAUACAGAGUGUCGGGUAUAAUUUAGAAAACCAUACAGUCAUAGCUCUUACAGAAAUUAAACACCAUGUUCAAUGGAUUCGUGGAAUUUUAAACAAACAUUUCACAGUGAAUUCAUGCGUUUUACCAUCUGUUGAAGGAGUUGUGUAUUCUUAUGAAGGUUCUAAUGAAAUUUUAUCUCAUGGAACAUUAGUAAAUCACAAUCUUACUGUUAUUGAGAAUUGUGAAGUUGGAUAUCAUAAGGCUUAUACCAAUAGUUCUAGGUUUUGUCUGGGAAAAGGAAAAUGGUUAUCCAAUUUUGAGAAAUUAUGUUUGAGAAUGUGUCCACCUCUAGAAUCAAAAGGUCUAGAUAUAAAAUGUAGUCAUAAUAAUAAGUUUGCUAAUUGUUCAAAUUUAUCGAUACCCAAUACAAUAGCAACUCCAUCAUGUAAGCCAACAUAUACUGCAUCACCAAAUGGACAAGGCGAGACUCCGCUUGAAUUACUUUGUCAGUCUAAUGGAACAUGGAAUAAGCAACUAUAUAGAUGCAAUCCAUAUUGUGGUAGAGUAUAUAAGGUAAACCAAGUACUAAUUGAAAAUAGUGAAAAAGCUCCUGUUGGAACAGCACCUUGGAAUGUUGGAAUAUAUCAAAAAAAUAAAAAAAAUUUCAAUUAUGACUUGAUUUGUGGAGGAUCAAUUAUUUCUUCAAAUUUAGUCGUUUCUGCGGCUCAUUGUUUUUGGCAAAAAGGUAUGUUGUCUAAGAAAAUAUCAAUUAACGACGGUCUAUACAAAGUUGCUGUAGGAAAAUAUGCUAGAGAUUUUUCAGUAAUUGACAAUGAUUUUACUCAAAUAAUUGAUGUAGAAAUGAUUCACCUGAAUGAAGGUUAUUUUGGAUCUCUUGAAUUUCAUGCUGGAGAUAUUGCUAUUAUUGUUCUACAAAAUAGAGUUUCUUUUAGUAAUGGUGUUGCACCUGUUUGUAUCGAUUGGAGUGGUAAAUACAAUGUAGUCAAUGGAGAUCACGGAAAGAUUGUUGGUUGGGGAAAAACUGAAAAAGGCAUUUCAAGUCCUAUUUUAUUAGAAGCAUCUUUACCAUACAUUGACCAUAGUUCUUGCCGGAAUAUGUAUACAAACGGAUUUGAAUUAUUUGUGACUGUUGAUAAAUUUUGUGCUGGUUCUGAAUUGGUUUCAGGACAAGCACUGGGUGAGGGAGAUAGCGGUGCAGGCUUAUGCUUUUUAUUCUCGGGUUCUUAUUAUUUAACCGGAGUAGUGAGUAUAAAGGAUCCAAAUACAAAAAAUUCAAUCUCUGUUUUCACGGAAGUUAAAUAUCACAUGCGAUGGAUUCGUGGGGUGUAUAAUAAGUAUAUCUUAGUCUAACGAGAUUAGAUAGGGUAAUGUUUUUAAAAUAAUUUAUUCAUAAUUGUGAUUGCAAUCAAUAUUUGUAUUAAAAUGUUUUUACUUAUGUGUAACAAUUUUAAACAGCAUAUACAAUUCUCACUAUUAAUCACUACUCGGGCAUUAUAUAAUAUGUAUAUAUAAUUGACACAUUAAAUUCGAACAGUUUUUACAAUUUACCAA